GCUAGCUGUUUUGUUUACAGUGAUACACGGAAUAAAUAGAGAAAUACGACUUUUUAUUACACAUAAAUAGCUAUCCGAGACUUUGGUUUGGAAGGGUAAGGGCAUCUGUUGACCAAGAGAAAGCAACGUUUUCUGACCUCCAGACAUGAAGCUGUAUUGUCUACAAGUGCUUUAUAAAAACACAGAUGGAAAAGUUAAUCCACUCAGUGCUAGCCAUGAACUCGGCUCAUUUGGUUAUUUUCAACGAUCCAGUGUUAAAGAGUUCAUGGAUUUCACAAGUAAAAUUAUUACAGAAAGAACAAUGAUUUCAACUCGAGCAUCUGUGAAAGAACAAGCUUACAUAUGCCAUAUAUAUGUGCGGUCAGAUGGACUUGCUGGAGUGGUGAUAGGAGACCAUGAGUAUCCUAAGAGGGUAGCUCAUACCCUAAUCAAUAAGAUACUGGCUACAUUUGAAAAAGAAGUACCCAAUAACAAAGAUAUGUGGAGCAAGCCAAACUCAGGGAUAAAUCUACCGUUUCUGAGUGAACAUUUAAACAAAUAUCAGGAUCCACAAGAAGCUGAUGCCAUGUCAAAGGUACAAAAGGAGUUGGACGAGACAAAAAUUAUUCUGCAUAAUACUAUAGAAGCACUGCUGGAGCGUGAUGAGAAGUUAGAUGCUUUAGUGGACAGGUCAGCCGAUCUUAGUGUUCAGUCUAAAGCCUUCUAUAAAACUGCUAGAAAAACCAAUUCAUGUUGUGUGAUAUUAUGAAAAAUUGGCAAAUGUGGCCCCUUUACGAACAGCCCAAGCUAUUCAAAUGGACCAAGUCAUGUGGAACACAUUAUAUUACAUGUGCAAUACAUGAUAUUGCAUGUGGAUGACGUGAUGCCAGACGCUACAAAUGUAAAUGCCAUGUUGUGAUAGAGACCAGAUGACUGACAGGAAUUUCUGGUCAUGGAUGAAGUACACUUGACUAUGUAUAUGUGCUGUAUUGUUGUGAAGCUAGUGUCUCUAGUAAAUUACCGAAGUGUAUUUUACCCAGUCACUUGUUCUGAACAUUGUACUACCCUCAUCAGUCAUCAUGAACGCUUAACAUACUACCCUCAACCAUCCCGAACCCAAGCAAGUCGUCUAUAACACUGCACAACAGUCAAGGAAAGUAGUAAAACAGAUGAUGCAGACUGUUCCGAAAUUCAUUUAACAGGAAGAAUGAGGAGUAUUUUCGCAAGAUGGGAAGGAUGAAGAGAUUUCCUGUGAUAGAAAUGAUAACGGAACAGUGGGUACUGCAUCAAGUGCAAUUUAUGAAAUGCUGUGUUCAUUAUUUUAGUGAUGCAUUGUUAUCACUUUUACUACUGCUAACAUGGUUCCCAUUUGAUGUUUCACGGGUUUUAAACAGAAUUGAUUGAUUCUCUCAUGAAAUGAAUGUAUGGAAAAACACAAAAAACAAGACAAAAGCAUGCUAUUAGGCACAUGACAUACUUGAUAGUGUAUUUGUUUUUUCUCUCUUAAUUUUCUUUAUGCAUUGAACAGGUAUUAAAUAUUUUUAUUGUACCCAGGUAUUUUACUUACAAUUUUGUGAAAAAAACCAAUACUGACUAAACAGUAAAGAUGCACAUUAACAAAAUAACUGAAUUCAUA